UUUCAUUUUGUUCAGUUCGCAGUAUUUACGUCGGUCCUGGCAGCGGUGGCGCACGGUUCCCCCGUGUACACGGCCGCCCCCUAUGCGGCCUACCCCUACGAGGCUGCCCCGUAUUCGCCCACUCUAUACGCGCCGGUUCCGUACUACGCGGCGGCGGCGCCCAAGUCGUACGACGCGGACUACGACCCGAACCCGUCGUACUCGUACGCGUACGACGUGCAUGAUCAGCUGACGGGAGACUCAAAGAGCCAGCACGAGAGCAGGCACGGUGACGUGGUGCACGGGUCGUACAGCCUGGUGGACCCCGACGGCACCAGGCGGACGGUCGACUACACCGCGGACCCGCACAACGGUUUUAACGCGGUCGUCACCAAGGAACCGCUGGCCAAGGGCUACGGAGCCGCGCCCGCCCGCGCCGCUUACCCGGUCAAGUCGUACGCGCCCGCGCCAGCCGUCUACCCGGCGGCCGUCAAUGCUUAUGCGCCAAUCUACCCGGCCGUCAAGGCGUACGCACCGUCGCCGUACCACACGUACCCGGCUUACCACUGACCGGGUUCACGUGACCACCACCGCACCACCGCAGAGACCCACUGAACCAGAUUACACACUGCACAAUCACCCUACAGGUAUACCGCACAUACCGCCCACGCCCGACAGUGAACUAUCAUCACGGCAACGUGUGCAGACGCGCCGCCGUUGAGGAUAUUAAUUAAUUGCGAUAUUCUAACGAAAACUUUUAUUUAUUUAUUAACUUUUAUUACAUUUAUUAGUUUAUUUAUUUUAUUAGUUUCAUACAUAUUAUUAUUAUAAUUUUUAUAUUAUUUUAUAAAUAAUACAACAGUACCUACAUCCUACAUACUUAGUUUAUCUUGUUGUUUCUAUAUAAUAUUCAUAAACAUUAGACGGACUACAGUUGUAUUAUAUUGUCGUGCGUUACUAUUUAUAUUUUGUUAACAU